AUGUCUCUAGGUUCAGGACAGUUUGGUUUUGUAUAUAAAGGAUUGUGCAGAUUGGGAGGUAAAGAAAUUCCUGUGGCCAUUAAAAAGCUCAAAAAUGAGGAACUGGUCCCAGGUGUCGAGCCUGAACUAUACCGUGAGGCCAAAGUAAUGCAAGAACUGGAAAAUAAAAACAUAGUACAAAUGAUUGGUAUAUGUAAAUCUGAUGGUAUAAUGUUAGUAUUAGAGAUAGCACCUCUAGGACCACUGAAUAAAUUCCUUCCUAAAAACAAAGAUAUGACAGAUGCAGAAAUAACCAGACUGGUACUACAAGUGGCUAGAGGAAUGGCUUAUCUGGAAUCCAAAAAAUUUGUUCAUCGAGAUUUGGCAGCAAGAAAUGUUCUGUUGGUUUCCAAAAAAUUUGCUAAAAUCAGUGAUUUUGGGAUGUCAAAAGCUUUAAGUAGAGACAGUAAUUAUUAUGAGGCUGAAAAUGCUGGAAAAUGGCCAUUAAAAUGGUAUGCUUUAGAAUGUAUAUUAUACUGGAAGUUUGACUCCAGAUCUGAUGUAUGGAGUUUUGGUGUGACUAUGUGGGAAGCCUUUUCUUAUGGUGGCAAACCAUAUUCCGGAAUGAAGUCUCAAGAAAUAUUAGAAUUUCUACAGAAAAAUGAACGUCUUAGUAAACCAGACAAAUGUCCAGAUGAAGCUUAUAAAAUCAUGAAAGAAUGUUGGCAGGAAAAGUAA